AUGAGGAGGGGUGCUGUCGAUGAUGAUGAUGAUGAUGUUGUUGUUGUUGUUGAUGAUGAUGAUGUUGUUGUUGUUGUUGUUGUUGUUGUUGUUGAAGAUGAAGAUGAAGAUGAGGAUGAUGAUGAUGAUGCUGCUGCUGCUGCUGAUGAUGAUGAUGUUGAUGAUGUUGUUGUUGUUGUUGUUGUUGUUGAAGAUGAAGAUGAAGAUGAGGAUGAUGAUGAUGAUGCUGCUGCUGCUGCUGCUGCCGCUGCUGCUGCUGCUGCUGCUGCUGCUGCUGCUGCUGCUGCUGCUGAUGAUGAUGAUGAUGAUGAUGAUGAUGAUGAUGAUGAUGAUGAUGAUGAUGAUGAUGAUGAUGAUGAUGAUGAUGAUGAUGAUGAUGAUGAUGAUGAUGAUGAUGAUGAUGAUGAUGAUGAUGAUGAUGAUGAUGAUGAUGAUGAUGAUGAACGAGGGCUCCUCGGUCGUAGUGGUCCUGUGGUCUGCUUCACACUUAUCUCUCUCUCUCUCUCUUCUUCGGCAGACAGUGAGACGCGGAGUGAUGAAAGUCUUUUACUGCUGCUAAGACAUCACAAUAAAAAACCGGACAUAAUUCUCUCCAUGUAUGGAAUGCCUAGAGGAAUAUAGCCAUCGUACGAAGGAGUGUACUUUCUGAAGCAUACUGUGACGUUGCGAGUGCCGGCUUGUUUUCAGCAGUGGGAGAUAUGAGUGAACUGCUCUUACAGCAUAAUGAUGUCGGACCUUGUCAUCCGUUGGUGAAAAAGCAUCUGAAAACUAUACCGAAUAUACGCUCGCCCCCAAGCAUCACCUCUAGCAAAACGGCAUAAUACAAAAUUUGUGAAGUAUAUCACCUCUUAUAUUAAUCGUAUUCCCCAUUAGUUUCUACUAUGCAAAUAUCCUAAAUUCACACUUGGUUUUGAACUUAUUCGCACACACAAGCUAAAAAAUAGGCUGCAACCUGUGUCAUCUAUCUUAUUGCCUAUCUCCAAAAUUUCUCGGCGGUCAGUCGGUCGCCGUUUCUGCUGAAGAUCCCGAGGCUUGAGCGCUUUCUGGAGUUCUGCUCAGUAGAGAUCACGAAGAGCUUCAGAGUCGCAUAUCAGUGAAAUGAAGUGUAUUCUAAGAAAAACCGAUGUUUGAAAAUUCCUGUGGUUAGUCAAUGUGUUGCAAGCCAAAAAGAGGAUUCCCUCAGUCAGCAAUAUCUUCGUAAAUGAGACCCGCUGUAGUGGGAUGUGGUUUGGCAGCCCCACCUGAAGUAAGCAAACCCCAGUCACCUCCUAUAGGGGGCCGGUGGUAAUAGGGGAUUUUCACAGGUGGAGCCGGGGAUCGCACAGGCGACGAGAACAAUAAGUUGUAUGCAAAAGGAAAGCUAUUGGAAGUGCGUGGUUGUACGCUGAAUGGUUGAGAAAUAGUUGCACUAACUCCUAACCCUUACCCUAACCCCUUACUAUAACUCCUUAUCCUAAACCCCAGCCACUUACCCUUACCUUUAACCCUAACCCCUAAUCAUUAUCCCUAAGCAUAACCCCUAACCCCGACCCCAACAAUAUUUUGUCCAUCAGGUGGGCCUAAUAAACCUCAUCUUACCCCUACCGCUGCUGCAUACAGCACCAGUGAGUGCCUGGAUGACAAACCAUUAUCGGGAGUUCACCUGGAGCUGCUGGGCCCCGGACCGUGAGACGCCUGCAUACCUGGCCAGAUAAAAUCGACCGCCCUCAAUACGUACCCUUAUAUCGAUCGCAGUACAUUCACGUGGUUUCUGCCAGAUGGACGAGGGCUGAACGCGAGGAGAGGCGCACUUUGAUAACCUUGGGAAUGUCGGAAAACUGAGCCGAUUGCCGUGGCGUGCGCAAUCGAUGUGUGCGCGUCAUUACACAACAACAACAACAACAACGUUGUUACAAUCCAGCGUGCAUAAUUCAUAACAAUUCGCCAUAUCUCACCCUGGGCUAAUGAGAUUAUUGCUAAAUAUGCUAUCAGCGCAGUGCAUUUAUUUUGUACGCAAAUGAUUCUGCCGAUUUUUCACACCAUUCUUUUAUUUCGUGGGUUGUUUAGGCAGUAUUACUAUUUUGAGCAUUGUGAAGCUGGGAUUCUACCUAAUCUCAAUGAGCGUAAGAAUUCUGAGGAAAAUGUAUCUAGGGGAAAAGAACAGGGGGUGCGAAGAGAGGUGAAGAACAUAGGGGCAAUGUAUUGGUUGUGAUUGAGCAACAUAAUGAUAUUCUUUCCUAUCAGGUGAACUGUUUAAGAAGGGAAAGACUUCGACUUGAAGUGAUCAGAAACAGCAAUACUUAGUCCCGAGUCCUCAAUGCCAAAUACUAGAAUAACUCCACGAAAUUUAACCGCGCUUUCUCCUCGGUCAAACGUAUUAUUAAAAUCUAAAGCGAAAAGGUUGACUUGGAGACUUUUCUUUCAGAGUGGACUCCCAUUCGCAAGUGUUCUUUUUUAUUCUUCUUCAAGUUGGCCGCUGUGUUUGCCAAUUUUAAGCAUGUCAACUCAUAGUUUUGCUUUACCGUAUUUCCUUAGAACGAUCUUAUGCUACCAACCUAAAUCUAACUUGCAAUAAUUAAUCGUUGUUGUCCCAUCAGGCAGUCCGCAUUUCUACCACGCAUGAUAUAAUGCCUCAGUCAAGUUAUGACGAGGUUCCAUUAACACUGCUGACACUUUUCUGCGUUACCAGUCGUAUUUAUUGAAGUACUAGCAUCAACAUCCCUCCGUCAUUAUUCCCACUAGUCAGCAGUGGGGAUUCGGACCACCACCAUCACCACGUCCCUCACAGCCACCAGCAACACCAACGCCACCAUCGUCAAUACCACCACCACCACCACCAACACCACCACCACCACCACCACCACAGAUUCAACCCCCAUAAAACCACCAACAACACCCCGACCACCUCCACCAACAAGACGACAACUACUACCCCAACAACAACAACCACAACCACUACCAACACUACCGCAACCGUUCACAGCACCGCCAACGCGUCAAUCAGCACCAACAACAGAAAAUCUGCCGACGGCAACAACACCACCAUCACCAACCCCACCACCAGCACCACUACGAAAACAAUCGCCACUACAACCACUGCCACCAACACCAACGUAACCACCACCGCCACUACCACCACCCCAACCGCCACCACAAACACCACCACCGCCGUCACCACCAUCACCACCACUACCACAACAACUACCACCAACACUUGCACCAGCACUACAUCGACCAACACCACCACCGGCUCCAACAAUACCAAAACCACCAAAACCGCCACCACCAUCUCCAACAAUACCAAUACCACGAUCACCCCUCAACUCAUCAAAACCGCCGCAAACACAACCACCACCACCACCACCACCACCACAACCACCACCACCACCACAACCACCACCACCACCACCAACACCACCACCAUCAUCACUACAGUCAUCAUCACCACAAUUACCACCAACACUGGAAAGAACCCAACAACCUACUCCACCACCAUCACCUCCAAAAACAAAGCCACGAAAACUACCACCAUAACCACCAACACCACAACUACCGCCAACACCACCAAAAGCAAAACCACCUCCACCAACAACAGUACCGCAACCAUCAACUCAUCCACAUCACCCCCACAACAAACAGCACAACCACGACCAACGAAACCAAACACACCACCACCAUCACCACCGUAG